GACCAGCUCGUGCCGGACACCUUUAAAAGCGUGCAGCAGCGCUGCGCAGACAUUGGCUGCUGUCUUAGAGGAAGGCUGUUUGCAAUCAAAGGCCCGUGUAGAGAGAGAUCACUGGAUCAGCGCGCGCUCAUGUACCCUCUCGAGCUGCUGUAGUGCACGCAGACCGAGUUCAACUUUUCCCCGCCGCAGUUUUAUGCCGUUUUUGCAGGACGGAGGUGGGCUUGCUGGCGCUGCACCGCACCUGAGCGCUGUCCGUGGUCCUGAAAGUGGCCGGAUGAGUUUACAAUCAAGAAGCACCUGAAGAAGCACCACCGGACUGUGCAGGACUCGCUGUUGGACCUUGUGUUGUUUGUUUUUUUUAUUUUUGGAACAUACUUUUGAGUUUGAAGUGGGUUUUUUUUUGUUUCGACUCGUUUUUACAAGACAAAUUUGCAGUAGUUAUCGGGUUACUCUGGUCUUUUAUUUGCACUUGGAGCCCAUAAAACGUGUUUCAGUUGCUUUUGUUGUUUCUUUGCACUCGUAUAGAACGUCUUUUGCUGUCCUUUUCAAUUUGUUUUAUCGUUGUAUAAAACGUCUUUUGCCGUUUUUGUUCGAGUUGUUUUUAACUUUUUUAUGCACUCAUAUAAAAAGGAAAUGACCACAAGAGGAUAAACCCGUCGUUCCCAAUCUCUCGCGUACCCCUCGGCUUUUCCACCUCAUGCACAAAUGUUUGCUUGAGCGCGCGGCUCUCUCCCGCCUUGCUGCGUUCACCAUGGACGUGUCCACAAACGGCUCGAGCUUCGGGAUCGAGUCCCUGCUGUCCCGUAGGCCCGCGAGCCCCUGCGUGCCGGUCAGGGGCGGCGCUCUGUUGAUGGGCACAUGCGGUUCACCGGCGCCCAGCGAGCGCUCUGACAUGGACAGUGACUGCUCCUCGCCCCCGUCCCCGCGCAGGGACUGCGUGGUGGAGGAAGAGGAGGAGGUGCAGAUGCAGAGACAUGUGCGAGCGCUGGGGCUCGAGUCCCCGGGUCCUCAGGCGCGUACCGUCACCUCCUCCUUCCUUAUCCGAGAUAUUUUAGCGGACUGCAAACCUCUGGCGGCAUGCGCCCCGUACAGCAGCGUGCAAUCGGCGCGAGACGCCGAGGACUACACGGACAAAGUGCACAGCAACUCCUCCUCAGACAGCGAGUACAGAGUAAAGGACGAGGCUGAGAGGGAGAUCUCCAGCAGUGGGGAAAGCCCCUCGUCCCGACUGAAGAAGCCCCGCAAAGCGCGCACCGCCUUCACAGACCACCAGCUCGCCGAGCUCGAGCGAAGCUUCGCGCGCCAGAAGUACCUGAGCGUGCAGGACCGCAUGGAGCUCGCGGCCUCGCUUAACCUGACCGACACACAGGUCAAGACCUGGUAUCAGAACCGGAGGACCAAAUGGAAGCGGCAGACAGCAGUGGGCCUGGAGCUUCUUGCUGAAGCGGGUAACUACUCAGCCCUCCAGCGAAUGUUUCCUUCGCCCUACUUUUACCCGCAGAGCCUGGUGUCCAGUCUGGACCCCGGAGCCGGACUCUAUCUGUACCGGGGACCAUCUGCGCCUCCACCGCCGGUUCAGCGGCCGCUCGUACCGAGGAUCCUCCUACCCGGGCUCCAGGGAGGCGGCGGGGAAGCUCUACCCUCGCUCCCCGGGACCAUAGCGCGACCCACCCCGCAACGAUGAACCGCAACACGGGCUACGGAGCCACGGGGUGGAGUUUUUUUUUUCCACCACCCGUAGACUGUUCUCCACCGCAAAUCUGACAGGCCCGCCCCUCAGGUGUUCCGAUUGGCUAGCAGCUCAUAUUCAAACAUUUAUACGCGUGUAAGAGCCAAUCACAGCGAACUCUAAGGCGCGAGGGGCGGGGUUUGUUGGAAUGUGGGUGGGAAACAAAACAAACAUAUAAAAAAAAACGCACCUCGGCGCUAAUUGCUCGUACCUGCUCAGGAAUGAUGAAGGCGCGCGCUCGAAAAGGUGACAGGACACUAACAUGCCUACAGCGCCUUCCAAACGUUAAUUAACAGCAAUUAGCUGUUGUGACUUUCCAAUACACUUAGCAACAAAGCAAGAAUGUUAAGUAUCUGUUUUUUAUAUAUAUAAAUUAUCUAUGGAGAAAAUUAAACUCGCUCGCAAAGUUUGUAUAAAAUUCUGUCACGAAACUCGCUCGUGUGAAGCCUUCUGAUACUUCGGACCCUUACAAAGGGAAAUCUGAUGGUUCAAAAUAAACCAAAUUCAGAUUUAUUUCAGACUUCAGCGGCGGGUUUACUGUCAACCAAAUAAUGUAAACAAUUAGUUAAGAAAAUUAUAGGAGCGUAAUAAUAAUAAUAAUAAUAAUAAUAAUAAUAAUAAUA